UACACUACCCAAACAAACAAAGAUUACAAAGAUGGCACCUUUUAGUGUAUUAUUUUUCUUGUUUCUCGCUUCUUCAUCUGUGAGUGCUGCUCCUUGUAACCCUCUUUGUUUGCAUAAAAGCAAGGCUGGUUAUUUCCCUCUGUCUAAGGCGGUCAUCCCACCUGGAGCAUGUGGGUAUGGUUCAAUAGCUAAAAGCUUCAAUAAGGGAUAUAUUGCAGCCGGUAUUCCUUCCUUACUCGGAGAAAAUGGUGUUGCAUGUGGAUCCUGCUUACAUGUAACUUGCAAGAACAAGACAUUGUGCAGAGGAAGAGGUACUAAUGUGGUUUUAACCUGUAGUCUUCCGAAAAUAAAAGACCUUGCAAAUAUAGAUUUGAUUCUUAGCGACAGAGCUUAUAUCUCAAUGGCUGCUAAGGGUAAAGCCAGAGAACUCUUAGCACUCAAAACUGUCGAUGUGGAUUAUAUCAGAGUACCUUGUGAAUACAAGAACCACAAUCUGUCGGUAAGAGUAGAUAAAAGCAGCAAGAAACCUGAUCAUUUAGUACUUACAUUCCUCAACCAAGGUGGCCAAACAGGAAUCCAUAUGGUAACAGUCUAUGCACUAAAUAAUUUUACUAGGAUCGAGAGAGAUAUGGACCAUAAACGUGGAGCUGUCUGGGAAAUGAAGAACACCCCUCAAGGAAGUCUAAGUUUCAGAUUGUUUGUAUAUAGUGGAUAUGAUCGAUCUUUUGUAUAUUCCAACAAAGAUUUGCCAGCUGACUGGAAAGUUGGAAAGAUUUAUGAUUUGGGUGUUCAGAUGAAUGAUCGUAUGGACAAGCGAGAUGGCUGCACCCCUAAUUGCACCGAUUGAUCAAUAUAGGCAAACGGUGUUUCCCUAGCCUUAAGAAAGAAAUCUCCUAGUGUUUUUGCUUUCGUAAGUUAUAAAUAGAGCAAAAUGUCUGUACUCCUUUUCGGUUUGAUAUUUUUUUUAAUGGUU